CUGUCACUUUAAGCCGGUGCGGAAGUAACUGCAGAUUUGAUGUAACACUCAGUGAAAGGUCAGGGUUUAUCGACAGCGAAUUUCAACACUACAUUUACCAAACCGGUCUCUUGAACAGGCAAUACUUGCCUAUAAGACAUAGCUGGGCGUUAAACGUUCAGUUCCGUCAAACUACAUGACUGCCAGAUCUAACGCUGCUCACUGAACUGAAACAACGUGCAGUAACAGUUACUGUCCCUUUGAAACAAGGUGUUCUCUUCAAACUUUAACAGCGACUGACAGCUCAGAUUGUAAAGUCUUCCCUGAUGUCUGGGUCUAAAUGUUCACGGUUGGGCGGACCUUUGGUGAAGCAGCUUCUAGAUUCGGUGGACAGCGUCCUGUUUGACUGCGAUGGGGUCAUCUGGCGGGGGGACCAGGUCAUUCCUGGAGCCCCUGAAGUCAUAAACCUACUCAAGAAGAAGGGGAAGAAGGUCUUCUUCGUCACUAACAACAGCACCAAGACGAGGACUAUGUAUGCAGACAAGAUGACAACUAUGGGCUUUGAGGUUAAGGAAGAAGAGGUGUUUGGCACCGCGUAUUGCUGCGCCAUGUACCUGAAGACGGUGUGCAAGCUGGAGGAUAAAGUGUACCUGGUGGGGAGUAACGCGAUGAAGCAGGAGCUGGAGGCGGUGGGGAUCCAGCAGACCGGUGUGGGACCUGAUCUGAUCUCCGGGAAGCAGCUCGACUGGGCCAACGUGCCUCUAGAUGGUGACGUGAAGGCGGUGGUGGUGGGCUUUGAUGAACAUUUCAGCUACAUGAAGCUGAACAGGGCCCUGCAGUACCUGAGCCAGCCGGGCUGUCUGUUUGUGGGGACCAACAGGGACACCAGGCUGCCACUGGAGGGGGGCAAGGCUGUUCCAGGCACAGGCUGCCUCCUCAAGGCCGUCGAGGUCGCAGCCCAGCGCCAGGCGGAGACAGUGGGCAAACCAAACCACUUCAUGUUCGACUGCUUGUCCUCCCAGUACGGCAUUGAUCGUAACCGCUGCUUGAUGGUGGGCGACCGCCUUGACACAGACAUCAUGCUGGGCUCCAACUGUGGCCUGAAGACCCUCCUCACCCUCACUGGAGUAAGCACGGUUGCGGAUGCUGAGGCCCAUCAAAAGAGUGGCUGCGCAGAGAGGCAGGGGAUGGUGCCGGAUUAUUAUGUGGACAGCAUCGCAGAUCUACUUCCUGCUCUGCAGGGAUGAGACUGUCACAUGUCCUCUAUGUUUGCUAUUAAAGGGAAUAUUUUUGUCUGUAAGAUCAAUACGAGUAGAAAAAUCUUUAUAACAAAGUCACAACCUAGCAGCUAACAGACCUGUGACAGAGGAGACAAAGACUCUUAUUAAACUAAGUAAAUCCUAUUUUAAAAUGUUAUUAAUGAUUUAUUACUAACAACAGUCAAACAUCAAUCAACAAGCCAACACUGUCUCAGUGCUAAGUGUUAAAGUUACGUAAGAUGUGGCGUGUAUGUUACUUUUUUCGGGAAGUAGUAAGGUACUUUUUAGCUCUACCCUGUCUGAUGCAGUUUCCUCUAAACUACACAAACUCAAGAAGGGAAAUGAACACACUGUGCAAACAGUUUAUUAAUGUGUGUACUUCAAAGUUUACAGCUCUAUCUGAGGUCUAUAGGUAACAGGUGAGAUGGGGCGAGAUGCACUGAACUGGUCUGACUUGAGCUCUCUAUGUUUUACGUAUUUUAUUCACUCAGCAGAAAGUGUUAACAUUUGCAGUAUCUCAUGGGGCGGUGCAGUGAGUUUGUUGUCUUGGGAUGGUAAACAUACGGGCAUUCCCUUAAACCACCUGUUCCUCCUGACUUGUCAAAACACUGAAAGCAAUACUUGACUCCAUAAUAAAACACAAUGUAUCUUCA